UUGCUUGCCCUCAGGCGGACGGCAGUGGGAGGGGUGAUGAGGUGUUCAAGAUGGCGGCGCCCUGUGGAGUGGAGGAACGCUGAGAGGUUGUGUUGCUUGGUUCAGGCUGGAAGCUGUUGGAGUGAACAGCAAGAGUGGCCCUCCCUCCCCCCUUCCCUUCCCCUCCCCACCCUAGCAGGUGACGGAAACCAGUUCUCCUGGUGUGUCAUACCCUUGCAGCUGCUCCCUUAGAAAACACCCCCUUCCCCACUACCCACCCCAAUAAACCCACCUGCCACACUUAAGACACCUCAAAGAGGAUGGCGAAGGAACAGCCCAAUGUGGGGGAUCUCCUCCAUCUUCUAGAGACGUCUGACCUACAUGAACUGGAAGAAGUCAGGGCUGCUAUAAAUGAGCACCUUAACACAGAUCGAGGGUCAAUUUUCCUAAACAGCUUGGUGGACUAUUACCUAGAAACCAGCUCCAGGCAGGCUUUGCACAUCCUAUCCUCUGUCAGGGAGCCACAUGAUAAGCACCUUCUUGAUAAAUUGAAUGAUUGUAUGACCAAGUCUGCCUGCCGUCUGGCUACUCUCACACUACUAGAACAUGUCAUCCGGAAACAACCACCUUGGAUACACAAAGUAUCUCGUGCCCCAAUCCUCCAAGCUUUAUUGAAAUGUUUAAAGACUGAUACCAACAUUGUGGUUCUAAUAACGGGAGUCCUUGUGUUAAUUAUCCUUCUACCGAUGAUCCCACAGCCCGGCAAACAAAACCUCUACGAGUUUUUUGACAUCUUUGGUCGCUUAGCUUCCUGGAACCUGAAAACUCCAGGGAAUACGCCUGAGAUUUAUUUAAUCCAUUUACACGUAAGCGUUUAUGCACUCUUUCAUCGGCUUUAUGGGAUGUACCCUUGCAACUUUGUGUCAUACCUUCGCUCACACUAUAGCAUGAAAGAGAACAUGGAGACUUUUGAGGAGGUGGUGAAGCCAAUGUUGGAGCAUGUAAGGAUCCACCCUGAACUAGUGACAGGGACCAAAGACCAUGAGCUGGACCCAACCAGAUGGAAAAGGUUUGAAAUACAUGACAUUGUAAUUGAAUGUGCCAAAGUGUCUCUGGACCCAAAAGAAGCUUCCUGUGAGGAGGGGUAUUCCUCCAUUCCAGAGCAUUUCACUACGCAUCUCCAGCACCGACAGACUGACAUUACUGACCCCCACAGCUGUUACACGAGUGCCUCAUCCACCCCAUUCACCACACCCCGCCAAACCAUGGCACAGCCAUCUUGUCGCAGUCCUCAGACAUUACGGUGUUCCAAUGAUCCCAAUCGGGAUGUAUUUUGGAGCCCUUCCACAGUGUGUGGGAUGUCCACACCCCCAUCAUCACGUGGAAUUUCCCCUACAAAUGUUGCAUCAGAGCUGUCUCACAGUGCUCCCAAUCUACCAUGCAGGCUUCAUAACACACCUGUUGGGAGCAAAUGUACCAUUUCCAAUACACCUGCCACCUCUUCUCCUCCUCAUUUUUGCUCAGAUGAAUAUGUGAACAUUUCUGUCCAACCACAGGCCAUCACCCCAACCCACAAGGAUAUGAGGCCAGGACACAGCCAUGACUAUGAUGGGGCAUCUUCAGAGGUGAUUGGAGGCUCAGGUGAUGCAAUUGAAAGCAAGACCACCAUGACUUUGGAUGACCUUCCCCAAUUCAUCAAAGAGCUUGAACAACAGGAUCAGAAGGAGCGAGAAGAUGAUGCUAUCAGGGAGGAACUUUACAAUAUCACUGAAGGAAAGUCUGAAUCGCCAGGUCCACGCGGUGGCUUUGACUCUCCUUUCUACAGAACCACAGAGACCCUCACUGAUGGUGAGAGAAAGCACGCAAUUCCAGCACAUCCAGCCUUGAUAGCAGCAUCCAGCUGUGGGCCGUCAUCUGACAAUGCCCUUUGCACACCUGACAAACUGGUCCCUGCAGCAACAACAAGGACCGAUAACCAGGGGGCUUUCCCUUUCAAACCUGUGUUCACCCCAAUUGACCGGCCUGUCCUCCAGAUAUCAGAAGGUCAUUUUGGCGUUGCUUCAGAAGAGAGACAAAAACCCUUAUUCACCCCCAGUCCGUGUAAGGCGCAAACUGCCCCCUAUGAGGCACUGUUUGAAUUGGCAUUACCUAAGGCUGCUGCUCUUUUUGUGGCCAGAAAGACAGCAGAAGCAGCACAGAGGGUUGGUGCAAAGUACCCAAUUGAAGAUGAUGGCAAGGGGCACGUCUCAACCUCUCCCCUGGAAGUGUUGGAUUGUCUGAUCCAGCAGGGCAAGGAUGCUCAUGUUCGGGAGCUUAACAGGUUGCCUUUGCCAAGCAAGUCUGCAGAUUGGACGCAUUAUGGAGGUUCUCCCCCAUCAGAUGAAAUUCAGACCCUGCGCAGCCAGUUACUGCUGCUGCACAAUCAAUUAUUAUAUGAACGCUACAAACGGGAACAGCAUGCAGUCCGAAACAGACGUCUGCUCCGCCGCAUCAUCAAUGCUACUGCUUUGGAAGAGCAGAACAAUGCUAUGAAAGAUCAGCUUAAACUGCAAGAGGAUGACAUUCAGUCUUUAAAAGCCAGUCUGUCGGAGGAACAGGCCCGAAACAAAAAACUCCGUGAAGAACAUGAAACCAUGGUGUCUCAACUGCACACUCAGAUCCGCCAGCUCCAGCAGGGAUGUGAUAAGUAUUCUACAGCAAAUCAGGAGUUACAGAGCAAGCUAAUGGAGUACAAGAAGGCAGCUGGUGACCUAAGGGUUGAGCUCCAGAAGGCUAAUAACAAAAUCUGUAACACUGGCCAUCUCCUCAACCAGCUGCGGCAAAAGCUGACCAACAGUGAGACGGUUCAGCAGCAGAUGGAAUUCCUCAACAAGCAGCUGCUUCUCCUGGGUGAAGUGAAUGAACUAUACAUGGAAGAGCUGAGGCAGUCGUCUCCUGAUAACAGCAAGGAAGAAGAAAUGCUAAAAAUAGCCUAUGAAAAGGAAAAUGAAAAGUUGAGGUUCAAUGCUAUACAGCAGAGCCAAAGGCUGGAAGCUUCACAGAGGCGUAUUGUGGAACUUGAGACACAGUUCACAAAGAAAGAACAUCUUUUAAUGGAGCAGAAGAAAUACCUAGAGGACUUCAAGAGUCAGGCCAGGUAGUACUCGACUCUGUAG